ACAAUUCCAAGGAAUAGAAACCAGAUUACCACAACAACCUCAACUAACUAGACCAAAAAGACCAGGCAAAUUUAAACGAGUACCAACACUACAACAAUCACAAGCAGAACAAACAGAUUCUGACAAUUAG